AUGCCUGCCUCCAAGGUGCGAAAGCCUAAGACUUGGGCGGAAGAGCUUGCAGAUCUAGAGGAUCCUGCGCCUAGAGACUUUGAUCCAGAAGAGCAUGACCCGGCCGUAACGUUUUCAGCAGAGAGCGAUGACGGUAGUGAUGGAGACAAUGCAAGAGCACAUUAUGAGAAGCAAGAGCAGAGCGCCCUGCGCAAAUCGGAGAAAAUCGAUCUCGGCCCAAAGUACACAGGUGUGAGUGUGGGCAGGGACGACUUCGGUCUUGGUGAUGCAAGCGAUGCUUCUGAAGAUUCGGGGACCGGUGAUGGAGAUGAGCUUUCGGGAGACGAAGCCUCUUACAAUGGCCUCGACGCUCCUGGCAAUGCCGCUCAGGCCAAUAGGAAUGGCAGGUCUCAGAUCAACGAAGAGCCUGACAGCGGAUCAGACGUGGACGCAGAGGAAGAAAUGAAUGACAUCGACUUUGAGUCCGAAAGCGAGGAAGAUGACAUGAAUACUGGCGACGAUGAAAGCGCAGGAACCUCCCCUCCUUCCUCCCCGUCCUCCGACCGCGCUGCGAUCCGCAAAAUGAUGGCCCAAGAGCAGACAGUCGUUGCCUCCAGCCUAGCAAAAGCAGCUCAAUCCGAUGUCAACAAAGGCCGUGCUUUGAAACGCCAGCGACAGACCUUCAAUUCGCUCCUGAACAUGCGCAUCAAGCUCCAAAAAGCUCUCAUAUCUACCAACUCCCUGCCUCCACCUUCCUCUGACCAAGAAAUACCCCCCGAUCACACAGCCGCUAUUGAAGCCGCAGAAACCGCAGCCAUUCACCUCUGGACCUCUCUCAACACCCUCCGUUCCUCCCUCCACCCCUCCUCCUCAACCUCCAAAAAGCGCCCUCUCAGCGCAACGACUACCACAUCCUCAUCAGCCCUCUGGUCCUCAAUGCAAGACCACGAAAAACACUCCACCCCCCUCCGGCGCGCCACAUUGGCAAAAUGGUCCGAGAAAACCGCCCCGAUACCCACCAUCUCUCGUGGCAGCAAGUUCUCCCAAGCACCCACCCAACAACCACUCAUGAGCAUGCUAGACCAACAACUCUCCGGCUCGAAUCUAGACCGCCACAUCGCACGCACAAGAGUCGCGCGGAGUUGUGCGCCCGUACAAGCUGCCCGACAAGCCGAAAAAGGUCGGAGUCGGCGUGUAGACGAACAAGAGGAAGAGCGCACCGCCAUCUACGACGACGCAGAUUUCUACACCCUCCUCCUCCGCGAGCUCGUGGAUCAGCGCAUGGGCGAGCAGAGCAACACGCACACCGGUACUGGUGCUAGUGGUACGAUCAAGAUACCGAGUCAGCGGGACUUGAGGGCGAAGAAAACAGUGGACACCAAAGCGAGUAAGGGGCGGAAGAUGCGGUAUAAUGUGCACGAGAAGCUGUUGAAUUUCAUGGCGCCGGAGGAUCUGGGGGUAUGGGGGGAGCGGCAGAGGAGGGAGUUGUUUGCGGGGUUGUUGGGGCAGAAAGCACGGGUCGAUAUGAUGGCUGAGGAGGAGGGAGAUGGGGACGAGAUGGAUGUGGAUAGUGCCGAGGAGGAACAGGAAGGAGAGGGUGGUUUGAGGCUGUUUGGGUGA